AUGGAUGAAUUGCAGGACAUUUGGCAUGGCAUCUCAUAUCUAGUUUUGGAUGAGGUUUUGAUGGUCUCUGCAGAGCUUCUGUCUGACGUUGCGAGUCGGAUCAGUCUUGCCAAAGCCAGGGAUCUGACCAAAAAGGAUUUGCCCUUUGGUGGGGUCAAUGUCAUCUUCACUGGCAAUAUGGCCCAGUUCCAUGCUCUAAAUGGUACUGCAUUAUAUUCACAUGCUGUGGUAAAUAACUUGACAAGGUGUACAUUUGAAAUGGUGAAAUCUCAGUGGCAACUAUUUGGUGCAUUUCUAUGGAGGUCUUUAACACAUGUCAUACAGCUCAUUCAAAAUGAACAAGCACAGGUGGAUCCUAUGUUCAUCAAGAUGCUUGCCUGCAUUAGAUUGGGUCCUGCAGAUACAUCCAGCAUCAGCCAGCCUUCUGAUUUGCAUUAUCUCCAACAAAGGCUACUCACUGAAUUGCAUAAAAAUGACAAACAUGAAUUUCAACAAUUUGCUGAGGCCCCAAUCCAAUCGUUUUUGCAGAGCAGCACCUGUGUGAUCAUUGGAAUGAAGAAAUGGCGAAGUUUUUUGCUUGUAGUACUGGUCAAUCAUUUGAAUAUUGUUAUGCCAAACAUUUCUGUGAUGGAGAAUGCCUGA